AUGGCUGGAAAACCCAAACUUUACUACUUUAAUGUGAGAGGCAAAAUGGAAUCGAUUCGCGGGUUGUUAGCAGCUGCUGGGGUUGAGUGUAAAAGAUUGGGGUGGGAGUGUGUGACUGUUUCCUUUUUCCUUUCCAAAGAUGGAUUUCUGCUCUUUCAACAAGUGCCCUUGGUGGAAACUGAUGGGAUGCAGAUGGUGCAGACCAGAGCAAUUCUCAGCUAUAUAGCAGCAAAAUACAAACUCUAUGGAAAGGACCUGAAGGAGAGAGCAAUGAUUGACAUGUAUGUGGAAGGAACAACUGACCUAAUGGGGUUAAUUCUAAUGUGCCAAUUCUUAUCAGCUGAGAAUAAGGAGAAGCAGCACGCUGUAAUAAUUGAAAAGGCCACAAACAGAUGCUUCCCAGCCUAUGAAAAGAUCUUAAAAGACCACAGACAGGAUUUUCUUGUUGGCAAUCAAUUCAGCUGGGCGGAUGUUCAUCUGCUUGAAGCCAUUUUAAUGGUAGAAGAGAAGAAGUCCAGUGUUAUCUCGGAGUUCCCUCAGUUACAGGCUUUAAAAGCAAGAAUAAGCAACAUCCCCACAGUUAAGAAAUUUCUGGAGCCUGGCAGCCAGAGGAAACCUGUCCCUGAUGAUAAAUAUGUGGAGACUGAAGAAAGUCCUCCAAAUGAACUUUUAAUAUGUAAACAAAUUAAUGUGGCUGGUUAAAAUAGCACUGAUGAGCUCAGUUCUAGCAAAUACUCACACUUAAACUGCUUAGAAUGUACAUGUGCUGGUAAGCUACAGAUAAAGGUAUAUCACACUUGAAGAGCUAACUGAAAAAUAUGUGAUGCUAGAGAGGUGGAUAACAAAUAGAAAACACGAUGUACAAAUAUUAAUUACUAUGCUACUUGUCUGCAUUUAGUAA